CUCAACUGUCCGUUAUUCGUUUUGCUUUGUUAACACUGUUUAUUAUCACGUCCAGCUUGCGCGGAUAGCUACAUGUACCAACUGCUAUAACACAGCAUUAGGUCUGCUUUGCGUGGGUUGCUCCUCUAAAAGCAAAUAUAGCUCCAUCUAUAGUAGCAUUAGUCGAUGGCGUCUGCGGAACAAGGCCCCAAGAGGCCGUUGUGGGCCGCUGCGAUAGCUGCGCUGCUGCUGAUGGCACAACACCUCACAUCAGCAGCCGCAGCGACCGCGCAGAGGCCGGCCGGAGGAGGUUACUGGGGAUCCCCCGGCGGUGGCCUAGCUUCCUGGCUUCAAACACAACUGCAAUCUGGGCUGUUACCAGGCUUCCUCUCCGCCCUCACCCAGCUCCGCUCGCUGCCUGCUCAGGCGGACCGCCUGCUGGGCCGGCUGCAGGCGCGGCGGCGGGACCGCGGGGACUCCGCUGCGGCCGCUCGGCUGGAGGCGCUGCGUGGGUGGAGCAGCUACGUGGGGCUGCAGCGGGGGGUGCCGGCGCUGAUGAUGGAUGUGCUGCGGAACUGGGGGGUUGCUGCGGAGUUGCUGCAGGAUUGGAGCCGGCUGAUGGAGAGGCUGCAGGCGGGGCAGCCAGGGGCGGGCCUCAUGUCUUGGCCGGAGCUGGUGGCACGGGAGCGAACUGCCGUACUGGAGUGGGCCAAGCGCUCCCUGCGUAAGGCCCAACGGGCUUUCAAGGUAGGGCUGCUGGCGAGCUGUAUCGUACAAGUACAAAAGGAAAGCAGAGAAAGGGUAGGAAGUGCGCUAAAAUGUACGGAUUAUUUCCAUUGCAAACACGACACUGUCUGCUGGUCUCAGCAAUUGAGGCCAACAGAGAAUGGCGCCACGAACGGCAACAGUUGAAGUUCGUCCGUUAAUGACCCACGGGUCACGUCAUCCAUCAUGUUAACGCUUUCCAUGCAGACCCGAUAGCUCCACCGUGUUAAUGCAGAAAUUUCUUCCAUGUCGCUCCUGCCACUAAAGCAAAGUUCCGCUGGCCUUUCAUCCAAGGCCCUGCUAAUGGCG